UACAUUGUCUCGAGCUGUUUUGCUUACAGUGAGUCAGGAGCUCGAAAAGCAGCGAAGUCGACCGUGAAUUCAACAUUAAAUAACAUAUAAAGACUGUCAGCUCCUUUUCACCUCAUUAAACUUCAGUUAUGCCUUCUGACAGACCCUUCAAACAGAGACGAAGCUUUGCCGAUCGUUGCAAGGAAGUACAGCAGAUACGAGAGCAGCAUCCCAAUAAAAUUCCGGUUAUCAUCGAGAGGUAUAAGGGGGAAAAGCAGCUUCCUGUCCUGGACAAGACUAAGUUCCUUGUUCCUGACCAUGUAAACAUGAGUGAGCUUGUGAAGAUAAUCAGGCGUCGACUGCAGCUGAACCCCACCCAAGCCUUUUUCCUUCUUGUCAAUCAGCACAGCAUGGUCAGUGUGUCCACUCCUAUUUCUGAGAUCUACGAGCAAGAGCGAGAUGAAGAUGGCUUUCUCUACAUGGUUUACGCAUCCCAGGAGACUUUCGGUUGCUAAGCAGGCUGCUCAACCUUUUGAAGGAAGGGUAACAGAGAGAGAGAGAGAGAUGGCAAAAGAAAGCAGUCUCACCCUCAUGAACCCCUAUUUUUUCUCUACAUUAUAACCCUCUUACUGGUAUGAAACAAAAGAAAGCGUUGAUUUUUCUUCAUAAAACACUUAAAUGUAAAGCAAGGCACUACUGUAAACAUUAUACUGACCUAUUGAACCAUUUUAAUUUCUUUGAACUUGGUUCAAUUGUUUUAGGAUUGGCAUAGGGGUCACAUAGUUUUAACUUUGCAUUUGGUCCAAUCCAGUUUUUUCCCUUUUUAUUUCUUUUAUUAGGGCUGUUAUGUAAAAAUUAGUAGCACAUGUUGCUGUAAAUAGGUGUGAGGGUGAGUAUUUUUGUUUUAGGGGAGUCAUUUGCAUAAGCUCGUCUGUUUGCUUGUAGUAAUUGCAUAUUACCAGGCCUCAGUGGUACUGGUUUAAGAUUGUAAAAUCUUAAAAGCAUCAAAUGUUAAGUGAAUAAUCGAAACUCAACAUAAUUCACUUUCAUUUAUACAAAACAUGUUGUGGUUCUCAAAAAAGUUGCUUAACUGAGUGUAUUAGAAAUGUGUAGUCAUAAAAUUAUUUGAAAUAUCAGGCAGUUUCUGUCUGAGGCCUCCUAUGUAAAAGAAAUGCAUCAUUCACUCAUUGUAAAAUAAUGAUAUGGCUUGAUGGUAACUGUAGUAGUCAAAAACUACAAUUGUCUGUACUGUACACACAAGAGCCAGAGGAACAUUUAAGAUCUUACAUUGAGGAGUUAGAUGUAUCUUCUGGCAUACAGUAUUCUGCAGUCUGUGUCAUAUAAACUUAUCUUUAAUAAAUGCGUUUUGCACAACUUAAAUACUUAAGAGGACAAACUUAUUAGUUUUAAUAUUAAUUAUAGCACACAACUAUAUUCUCAUUUUACCUGUUGUUCUCUGUGUCACCAUACAAGAUAUGCCUUCUGUCAAAUCGCAGAUGAAGGGAUUGUGAUGCACUACCUUGCAUGUUUUUCUCAACCUUUUUAUAUUGAUUUAAGCUGUAGAUUUGUUAAUUUUUCAGCGUUAUUUAAAGCAAAAAAUACUGAAAAACUUUUUAGAUGUUUUGAAACCAAAACAAAGAAAAACUGAAAUGUGUCUAUGUAUGUUUGAAAACCAAGUGUGUAUAAACCAUUGUAUGAAAUGA